CCCCGGCGUUCCUUCCUACGUAAACACAGGCUGGGGCUGGAGGUGCGAGGGCAGUGAGCGGUGACAGUUGCUAGGCGGAGACCUUUCCGUGAAGAAAGAUUUAAGAAAGGAUCAGGACAGGCGGGAGAUAGUUAACUGAAAGGAGUCUGCCUCACUGCUGGAACCAAACCAGAUGCCUUCUUCCACUUCACCAGACCAAGGAGAUGACCUGGAGGCCUGUGUUUUAAGGUUUUCAGACCUGGAUUUGAAAGAAACAAGUCUUAUCAAUCCCAGUAGCAGUAUCAAAGCAGAGUUAGAUGUCAGUACAAAGAAGAAAUACUCAUUUGCAAAGAAAAAGGCAUUUGCCCUUUUUGUCAAAACUAAAGAACUUCCAGCACCUCCUUCUGAGUAUAAAGAAAAAUGGUGGAAAUGCUGUCAGCAACUAUUCACAGACCAGACCAGCAUCCACAGACAUGUGGCAACACAACAUGCUGAUGAGAUUUACCACGAGACUGCUUCUGUUCUAAAGCAGCUGACUGUGACAUCGAGCACCUCAAAGACUCUUAAGUCUGCAGACAAAAGAAACCCUUUCAAAGAAGACCUUACCCAUAACCAUGAAGUGUCUGCUUGGCUCCCUGAUACAAGCUGCUUUAGCCCUGAUGAGCUGUUAAGUGGCCACGGCAAUGGUGAAGGGGAGGUGCUACUUUAUUACUGCUACUGUGACCUGGAGGAUCCUGAUUGGAUCUGUGCCUGGCAGACAGCUCUGUGUCAGCACCUGCACCUCACGGGCAAGGUUCGAAUUGCUACAGAAGGAAUCAAUGGGACAGUGGGUGGAAGCAAAUUGGCCACCAGACUCUAUGUAGAAGUCAUGCUUUCCUGCCCAUUGUUUAAGGAUUAUCUGUGUAAGGACGAUUUUAAGACCAGCAAAGGAGGAGCUUGCUGUUUUCCAGAAUUGCGUGUCGGUGUGUUUGAAGAGAUUGUGCCCAUGGGGAUCAGUCCCAGUAAGAUCUCCUAUAAGAAGCCUGGUAUCCAUUUAUCCCCAGGUGAAUUUCAUAAAGAAGUAGAAAAGUUUCUGUCUCAGGCAAAUCAAGAAGAAAGGGAUACUAUCCUACUGGACUGCAGAAACUUCUAUGAAAGCAAAAUAGGACGGUUCCAGGGCUGCUUAGCCCCAGACAUCAGGAAAUUCAGUUACUUCCCUAGCUAUGUUGAUGAAAAUCUAGAACUUUUCAAAGAGAAGAGGGUGCUGAUGUAUUGCACUGGGGGCAUCCGUUGUGAGCGGGGUUCAGCCUACCUCAAAGCCAAGGGAGUGUGCAAGGAAGUGUUCCAGCUCAAGGGUGGCAUCCACAAGUACCUGGAGGAGUUUCCUGAUGGUUUUUACAAAGGGAAGUUGUUUGUUUUUGAUGAGCGUUAUGCCUUAUCCUUCAACAGUGACAUAGUGUCAGAAUGUUCAUACUGUGGGGCCCCAUGGGACCAGUAUAAACUGUGCUCCACUGCCCAGUGCCGCCAGCUCGUCUUGACCUGCCCUGCCUGCCAAGGACAAGGAUUCACAGCCUGUUGUGUCACGUGUCAAGACAAAGGGAGCAGGCAGGCUGCAAGCCCAGCCCAGAGCAGCUUUAAAGAGGAAUGCGAGUGUACAGCCCGACGGCUGCGCGCACCCAGGGAGCUCUUACAGCAGGGGCGACUCCCUGUGGGCCCGGGGCCCCGGCCAGGUGAUGAGGAGGAUGGGCCAUGCUUACCUGAGCGGCCCCAUCUGCCUUUUCCCAAGCCUUCACGGAGCUAGGUUUGGGGCGACCAUGUAUUGGAGAAUAUUAGGGCUGAUCCAGCAGAGAGACAGGGAACUUCAGUGCUGCCAGGGCCACCAUGGACAACUAGUCCCCAUGUUGGCCACCUGUCCUUCACAAGAGGAGGGAAGAGGGAGUUGGGCGCUGGCCUCUUACCGGAGACAUUCUGACUCAGAAGAUGCUAGAGCACAGAAAAAGGCGAGCUGUGUAGGAUCCCAAAGCUGCUGAGGGAGAGACCCUUGAGCCUGGUGACCAGGUCAUGCCCUUUCUAUGCCAUGCAGCAGGGCUGGGAGUAGUCAUUUUUUUUAAUCAGCAAACCUGUCUUUCCUGAUGGCAGAAUGUGUAAGCUGUGACCCUGGAAGUGGACUCCUCGGAACCAGGCCCCUUAGGUCAAUCUGCCAUCCACCCCUACCCCUCUCUCUUCUCUGCUAGCCUCAGAGCACUAGACCAGGAUCUGAAAACUAUGGCAUUUGGCCCACCUCCUUCUGUAAAUCAAGUUUUAUUGGAAUAGCUACACCCAUUCAUUUACAUAUGACCUAUGGCAGAAUUAAGUAUUUACAAGAGAGACAUUAUGGCCUGCAAAAGCUGCAGUAUUUCCAGGCGUACCUUGGAGAUGUUGCGGAUUCGAUUCCAAACCACUGCAAUGAAGUGAGUCACGUGAAUUUUUUGGUUUCUUAGUGCAUAUAAAACCUAUGCUUACGUUAUACUGUAGUCUAUUAAGUGUGCAAUAGCAUUAUGUCUAAGAAAACAAUGUGCGUAACCUAAUUAAAACAUUUUAUCGCUAAAAAAUGCUAACUAUCAUCUGACAGUGCAGGGUUGCCACAAACCUUCAUUUUGCAAAAACCGAGAUAUCUGCGAAGCACCACCAAAAAAGGUGCGCCUGUGCUACCUGGCCCUUUACAGAAAAAAACUUGCCACCUCUAGUCUAGACCAACAGCUCCUCUGGUGGAGGAGAUGGUCUUAAAGAUGUGGUCCACCUUCAUGUGCCAGUGGUUUGGUUUCUGUGAGAGAUUUCCUCCGCUUCCCCCAACACCCACACUCUUAGCUCUGAAGUCCUCUCUUUGAGAGGUUCACAUGAGCCUGGUGACGCCGGAACUUGGGCAGUAGGUUUUAGGCGAACACCUCAGGACACAAGACAUUCUGUGUGAGCUUAUUCAGCACUGCUGGGGUGCUUUCCCAGCCUCUAGCCAACACGUCAGGCGCAUGUCCCUGGCCCACAAGUCCCAAGAAAUACAUGCACAGCCAUUCUUAGACCAACAGAUUUAAUAUUAUAUUGCAGUUUCCCGUGAUGCAGAAUACAGCUGCAAUUGUGUUUCAAGGAGAAGCCGAGUGGGGCUGGCCGUUCCUGCAGCACGGAGACACUCGUGGG